AUGUCUUUUACAUUAGCACCGUUCUUAACUACUACUCCAACACCGAUCAACAACAAUAACAACAAGAACAAGAUCCUCAACCCACCAUCAAAGCACCAGCACCAGCACCACCAACAACAACAUCCAUACCUUUCUCUUCUCCAGCUCUGCUCCCACGUCCAUGAAGCUCACCAGGUCCACGCACUCAUCAUCAAGUCCUCCCAAUCCCUCGACCCCUACUACGCCGGCCGCCUCGCCGAGUUCUACGCCAUCCUCUCUUCCAACCCUUCCCUCUCCCUUCCCCAUGCCUCCAAACUCCUCUCCUCCUUCCCAAACCCCCCACCCACCUUCCUCUACAACACCCUCAUCCGCGCCCACCUCAACGCCCGUGACCCUCUCCAAUCCCUCCUCCUCUAUCACCAAUUGCUCUCCCGAUCCGCCCUUCCCGACCGCUUCUCCUUCACCUUCGCCCUCAAGGCCUGCACCCAGCUCCGCGCCCUUCCUCUUGGAAAACAACUCCAUUCCCAAGUUUUCAAGCUCGGCCUUGUCACUGAUGCCCACAUUCGGAACAAGCUCCUUCAUUUAUAUGCCACACUUGGUGAACUCACCCAUGCACGCAAGGUGUUCGACGAAUGUCCCGAACCAGAUAUCAUCGCCUGGAACAGCUUGCUCGAAGGCUAUGCUUCUGCCAACGAUGCUGAAUCUCUUCAUGAGGUCUUUGACUUGAUGCCUGUUCGAGAUGUUGUGUCCUGGAACACCUUCAUGGGGUCUCUAUAUAGAAAUCAGCGAGUUCGAAGAAGUCAUUGUGAUAUUCAGAGCAAUGCAAGAGAGCAGGGAGUGUGA